CCCACCCCUACCACUGAAGAAUAACGGUGAUGGGGGGCUCUGCUUCUGCUUGCCACGGCGUCCGCGUCGUGUCCUGGCGCCUGGUCCGGCCGUCGAGCAACCCGGGAUGCGUGGCGGCGAGCCCGGAGCCGGAGACGGUGCACCUCACGCCGUGGGACCUCCAGAUGCUCACCAUCGACCACAUCCAGAAGGGCGUCCUCCUGCCCAAGCCGCCGGGUCCGGGCGGCGCCGGCGACGAGCUCGUCGAACGCCUCGCCUCGUCCUUGGCGCGCGCCCUGGCCCGCUUCCACCCCUUCGCCGGCCGCCUCGCCGUAGAGGAGUCCGGGGGAAGCAGCGGCGGCGACGACGACGGGACCGUCACCGUCUCGCUGCGCUGCACCGGCGACGGCGCCGAGUUCGUGCACGCCGUGGCGGCCGGCGUCACCGUGGCCGACGUCGCGGGGCCGCUCCUCGUCCCCCGCGUGGUCUGGUCCUUGUUCCCACUCGACGGGCUGGUGGGCGCGGACGCCGCGGCGGGCUCCCGGGCCCGGCCCCGCCUCGCCGCGCAGGUCACCGAGCUCGCCGACGGCGUGUUCGUCGCCAUGUCGCUCAACCACGCCGUGGCCGACGGGACCGCGUUCUGGCACCUCUUCAACACCUGGUCCCGCAUCAGCCUGAGCACGGGCGGCGAACGCGACGAGAGCGCCAUCCCCGUCCCGCCGCCGGUGCUGGAGCGCUGGUUCCCGGACGGCUGCCCCGUCCCCGUCCCCCUGCCGUUCGGCAAGCUCGAGCACAUCGUCCGGCGGUUCGACGGCCCGCCAGUGGAGGAGUGCUUCCUCGCCUUCUCCGCGGAGAGCGUCAGGGAGCUCAAGGCGCGAGCCAACGCCGAGGCGGGCGGCCCGGCGGCCAUCUCCUCCCUCCUGUCCGUGCUCGCGCACCUGUGGCGCGGCGUGACCCGCGCCCGGCGCCUCCUGCGGCAGCAGGAGACGUCCUACACCGUGCUCGUGGGGUGCCGGGGGCGGGUGCGGCGCGUGCCCCAGGCCUACGCGGGCAACGCCGUGGUGCGCUGCGCGGCGAGGGCGGCCGCCGGCGAGGUCCUGGGCAACGGGCUCGGGUGGGCGGCGGCGCUGCUGGGCCGCGCCGUCGCGUCGCUGGACGAGGCGGCGCUGGUGGGCUCCGCGGCGAGGUGGCACCGGGACCCCAGGUUCGCGUCUAUUUGCUUGACUUGUCGAGCUGUCCAGGAUAGAGACGAGUACGUCGCUCGGUAGCUUACUGACCAGGUCUCCGAUUCGGAAGCUGUUUCGUAGAACAUCAGAGCAGCUCCGAUCCGAGUGUCCGACUGCGAUCCCUGUUCGAGUUCCAUUGGACUUUGGACCAGCUUUUGCUAUACGUCUUCCAUCUUUGAUAUUUGUCCCGGCCGAACAGAUUUGGCGAUGUUGGCCGUCGUUGCACCAACAAUUCAGUAAUCCGGGAACGUUAAUAGCUGGGAACUAUAUAA